AGUGAGCUCAGUGACAUGAGCCGCAUGUGGGGUCAUUUGAGUGAGGGUUAUGGACAAUUGUGUAGCAUCUACCUCAAAUUGCUGAGAACCAAGAUGGAAUUCCACACAAAAAAUCCCAGAUUCCCUGGAAACCUCCAGAUGUCAGACAGACAGCUUGAUGAGACGGGCGAGAAUGAUGUGAAUAACUUUUUCCAGCUCACUGUGGAAAUGUUUGACUAUUUGGAAUGUGAACUCAACCUAUUUCAGACAGUGUUCAGUUCCUUGGACAUGUCUCGCUCUGUGUCGGUCACAGCUGCCGGGCAGUGCCGCUUGGCCCCUCUGAUUCAGGUUAUUCUAGACUGCAGCCACCUCUAUGACUACACAGUAAAAUUGCUGUUCAAGUUACAUUCCUGUCUCCCAGCUGAUACACUCCAAGGCCACAGAGACCGUUUCCUGGAGCAGUUUAAAAAGCUGAAGGAUCUCUUCUAUCGCUCCAGCAACCUGCAAUAUUUCAAAAGGCUGAUUCAGAUCCCACAGCUGCCUGAGAAUCCCCCCAACUUUCUGCGGGCCUCAGCACUCUCUGAACACAUCAGCCCUGUUGUGGUCAUCCCAUUGGAAGCCUCAUCCCCAGACAGUGAACCCAUCAUGGAUCUUGUUGAGAUGGAAACCUCCUCACAACAGAAUCUCGUUGACAAUAAAUUUGAUGACAUCUUUGGCAGUUCUUUCAGCAAUGAUCCCUUUAACUUUAACAGCCAGAAUGGGAUGACCAAGGAUGACAAGGACAGGUUAAUUGAACAGCUGCACAGAGAAAUCGACACACUUAAGGAUGAGAUCAAGAACUUUAAAGCUGAGAGUCACCGCCUGGUAAUGCAGCUGAAGGGGCGUAUCAGUGAGCUGGAAGCUGAGCUUGAAGAGCAGAAGCACCUAAAGCAGCAGGCACUGGAUGAGAGUGACUUCUUGCGCACGGAACUGGAUGAAUGGAAAAAGAGGCAUGAGGAUACAGAAAAAGCCCAGCGAAGCCUGACAGAGAUUGAGAAGAAAGCACAAACCACUGAGCAGCGCUAUGUAAAGCUAAAGGAAAAGUACAGCGAGCUGGUGCAGAAUCAUGCGGACCUCCUGCGCAAGAAUGCUGAAGUCACCAAGCAGGUGACUAUGGCAAGACAGAUCCAAAGUGACACAGAGCGAGACAAGAAAGAGCUUGAGGACUCCUUUCAGCGGUUGAGUGAGCAAGCCCAGCGAAAGACACAGGAACAGGCAGAGAUCUUGGAAACAUUGAAGAGAGAGCUAAUUGCCAACAAACAGGAGCUUCAAUGUCUCCAGAGCAUUGUUGAUUCCACUGCACAGUCUGAAGCAGAGCACACCACUCAACUGGCUGCCCAGAAGCAAGAGAAAGAUAUUCUCACUGAGACCAUGGCUCAGCGUGAUCAGCAGAUGGCAGCUUUGGAAGCAGAAGUAGAGCAGUUAAAGGCUACACUUGAAAAAGAAAAAGAAUACAGCAGUAAGACAAUCCAGGAGUUGCAGAACUGCUUGGGGGAAACAGAAGGCAACACACAGGCUCUUCAGCAGGAGCUCCUGGACAAACAGUUUGUACUCCUUCAGUGUGCUGUGAAAGAGGCUGAACAGAUGGUACAGGAUGCUCUCAAUCAACUUGAAGACCCCACUCAUAUCAGUAGCACAAGCUCUGCAGAUUACCUUUUAUCAAGGACUCGUGCAGCUUCUGAAUGUGUGGAGCGGCUACAGGAAGCAUGCAGCCAAUACCUUUCUGACCAGUCAGAUGUGAGCAGUUUGUUAUCAUGUGUGCCUCUUUUUGCUCACCUGAUUGGUGAUGCCAUUCUGCAGGCUAGUGCCACAUCGCACAGGGCCCCCAUGGAAUCCGCUGAUUUGCUGUUAGAGACCAGCAAGCAAUGUGGGAAUGAGACCUUGCACUACCUGGGAAUGCUGAAAGACAAAGCUACUUUGGAAAGUGCUGACUGCACUGCUGUCAGGAAUUGUCUCAACCAGAUGACUGCAAUUGGACAGGAACUGCGGCCCAAAGGCUUGGAUGUUGAGGAAGAGAAACUGGGAGAUCUGGUUGAUGAAGAGAUGGCAGCGACGGCAGCAGCCGUUGAGACAGCAGCUGCCAGGAUUGAGGAAAUGCUGAAUAAAUCACGAGCAGGGGACAGAGGAGUAAAGUUUGAGGUCAACGAGAGAAUUUUGGGGUCCUGCACAGACUUAAUGCAGGCCAUCCAAGUUUUGGUGUUGGCUUCCAAGGACCUCCAACAAGAGAUUGUGGAGAGCGGAAGGGGAGCAGCAUCCCCCAAAGAAUUCUAUGCCAGAAAUUCCCGUUGGACAGAGGGCCUGAUUUCUGCUUCCAAGGCUGUAGGCUGGGGAGCAACUGUGAUGGUAGAUGCUGCUGACCUUGUAGUUCAAGGGAACGGGAAGUUUGAAGAACUCAUGGUUUGUUCGCAUGAAAUUGCAGCAAGCACAGCUCAGCUUGUUGCUGCUUCAAAGAUUGCCUCUCGAGGAGUUAAUCAGGCAACAGCCAGAGUAGUGGCUUCCACUAAGUCAGGAAAAUCACAAAUACAGGAGAAAGAUAGCAUGGACUUCUCUGACAUGACACUAACACAGAUCAAACGCCAAGAAAUGGACUCUCAGGUCCGAGUCUUGGAACUGGAAAGCCAACUGCAGAAGGAACGCCAGCGCCUGGGUGAGCUCCGUAAGAAGCACUAUGAGCUGGGAGGCGUAGCUGAGGGUUGGGAUGAGAAUGGUGCAGAUUAGGAUCUCUGAGAAAGCAGCCAGAGAAGACCCUUCAGUUGGUGUGAUUACUUCUGAAUAUGAAUGAUGAACUCAUUUGAAUAUACCACAAAGCCUGUGCUCAUCAACAAUGCAUUCAUACUUGGGGCUGGCCCUGCAGGGUUCUCUGUUGACUAAGAAGAGAGCAGCAAAGCUUUAGGGGAGAAAAAUAGUUUCCUAGCCACAACAGCAUCCAUAGCACUGCCCUGCCAUAGCCAUAAAACACAAAUCCUGCAUUCAUCUGUGUGUUACAGCAUUUCUGCAGAGUUGGAUUUCCUCUUCCCAGGUCACUUCCUUAUUUUGCACAGCCUUUGAUUUGUUAACUUUGGCUCUAUACCAGACCAGGGACAGUGCUGAUCUUGCUGCCCAUUCUCUUUGCUUGCCUUUUCUCAGACCCAGGAUGGUGGCAGGAUGAUGGUUAAAAGUCUGAGUCUACCCAGACCGAUAGAUAAAGGUACCCAUCUCUCUGAGGGCCACUUUAGCCUCUACAGAAGAGGGGUUUAUGUAGCCUGGUCUGCCACAUCUCAGGAACUGCGAUCUUUUCUGUUCUUAUUCUGCUACCCCAUCCUGCCUUGCUCCAACAAAGGGGAACCCUGCCCAUUGCCUCAGAGUAGUUCACUGUGCUUUGAGCAGCAAUAAACAACUGAGAAUCUAGAAGUAGGAAUUGCUAGUGGGGAAGGGAAGCUGAAGGGGCCCAAGGAACUGACUUUAUAUUUGACAGUUGUUAGGGGUACCAGCUGUUAGUCCACAUACCAGCCAGUUGGCCUUUUGAUCACCUGUACUCCAUGAGCAAAGCAGAAGCUGCCUAGAGCCAGAUGACCUCAGCACAGCUUGUUAGCUUUCCUUCAACCAUCUAACAAAUGACCAGUAGUACUAGGCAGCUGUGCCACCUGGAAGGUGAACUGGAUUGUUUUAUAGAUGAUGUGGUUUCCCACUGCCUUCUAUACCACUGCCUUCCAUGACAGCUGCCUCAGGCACCUCAUGAUCACUGUGAGACUCUAAGGAAAGA